GGAAAGUGUGACUGUGGGAAGUGCAAAUGUGAUGAAGGCUGGUAUGGCGAAGCUUGUCAGUACCCAACUACUUGCAAUCUUACACGGAAGAAAAGCAAUGAAAUGUGCAAGAAUUCUCAAGAUAUCAUCUGUUCUGGUGCAGGCACGUGUCUGUGUGGCAGGUGUAAAUGUGCAAACUCAGAAGGAAAUGGACUGGUCUAUGGGAAAUAUUGUGAAUGUGAUGACAGAGAAUGCAUAGAUGAUGAAACAGGAGAGAUUUGUACAGGCCAUGGAAAGUGUUACUGUGGAAACUGUUACUGUGAGGCUGGUUGGCAUGGAGAUAAAUGUGAAUUCCAGUGUGACAUCACCCCCUGGGAGAUCAAGAAAAGAUGCACAUCUCCAGAUGGCAAAAUCUGCAGCAACAGAGGCACAUGCAUAUGUGGGGAAUGCACAUGCCAUGAUGUGGACCCAGCUGGUGACUGGGGAGAUAUUCAUGGAGACACUUGUGAGUGUGAUGAAAGAAAUUGCAAAGCAGUGUAUGAUAGAUAUUCUGAUGACUUCUGUUCAGGUCAUGGACAGUGUAAUUGUGGAAGGUGUGACUGUAAAGAAGGAUGGACUGGGAAAAAGUGUGAGCAUCCACAUUCUUGUCCAUUGUCAGUUGAGGAAAGUGCUAAGAAAUGCCAAGGAAAUUCUAACUUGCCUUGCUCUGGAAGAGGUAGAUGUGAAUGUGGCCAAUGCACUUGUUUUCCUCCAGGAGACAACAGAGUUCAUGGCAAAAACUGUGAAUGUGAUGAUCGACAGUGUGAAAAUGCAGAUGGGAAUGUCUGUGGGGGCCAUGGGAUUUGCUUGUGCGGCCGAUGCAUUUGCCAGGAUGGAUGGUUUGGGAAGUUGUGCCAGCACUCCAGGAAGUGCAACAUGACAGAGGAGGAGAGCAGAAGUCUCUGCGAGUCGGCGGAUGGAGUAUUGUGCUCGGGGAAGGGUUCCUGCCACUGUGGAAAGUGCAUCUGUUCACCCCAGGAAUGGUACAUUUCGGGUGAUUUCUGUGAAUGUGAUGACAGAGACUGUGACAAACAUGAUGGACUCAUUUGCACAGGCAAUGGUGUUUGUAGCUGUGGAAACUGUGAGUGCUGGGAAGGAUGGAAUGGAAAUGCUUGUGAAAUCUGGCUGGGGAAAGAAUACCCUUAA